AUGCAGCACGAGCUGAGCGACUCACAGCCGCCUCCGCAGCAUAAAGUCAUGGACCUACUUCAUCAUCCUCAACAACAACUAGAACAACAACUAGAACAACAACAACAACAGGUUGAUACAAGUAAUAAGAAUAGGACACCAUCGGCUGAGAUCAUUUCAAUGUUGGACGAGCUCACUAAUGGGACUAUCCCAAAGACACAGCCAGUGGCGCCAACUACAACGACAACUACAACAACAACCACAAUGUCUACAUCUACAUCUACAUCUUCAUCUAGCACAAAUUCAUUGGAUAAUUCACUGAACAAUAGCGGUGAACAAGGUGGAGGAACACUCCGACAUACCAAGAGCUCAAGCUCACCAGACUCACAGCAACACCUUCAACUACAGCAGAAUGUUGUUGACAGGCCUUCGCAAAAGAGUCCGACUGACAGGAGUGGCGGGAGUAGUGGCAGCGGCAUUGGUGGCGGCAGUGGCAGCAGUAGUAGCGGCAUGAGAAGUCCAAUGAGAAGUCCUACAUCGCCUACGGCUGGCGUGGGUGCUUCAAAGUCACCUUCAACCACGACCACCACGACACGGUCCGGCUCACUCGAUCGCAUCAGUCCGCAGUACCACCCGCAGCACCUCCAGCAUCAAUAUCAAUAUCAAUAUCAACAGCAUCAACAACACCAGCAAUACUCACAGAAGACAUCGCCACAGUUCUCGCCCAAUCCCAAGAUCAAUCAUAAGAAGUACGACGACUUGGUGUCGCGCGAGCCCAACUUCUUCCUCAGCACUGCGAGCAUCGGCUCCAACCGUCUGCGCAAGAGCGACACCAUCUGCAAGUCGGACCUCAACCUUCCAAACCUAAACUUUGAGAACCCAUACACAUCGCCCGCCUACCCUCCCAAGAACAAGAGCAAUGUGUCGCCCGUCAUGCACCCUCAGCCAAUGACGUCGGCGCGUGCCAAGAAGUUGUCAAAGUUCUUUGGCGAACCAAACCUGGCGCAAGACCUGCCCCUGGUCUCGCCAUCAGUGCGCAAUCCAACAUUUCUGGACAGCAGCUCGGAUGAAGAGGACUCAGCGUCAGACGGCUUCCCACUGACUCAGAUAUUGAGCGCUACUGGCACGUCCAACUCAUCGCCAUCGUCGCCUCAGUCGGCACCAUCUACACCACAAGUCUCAACAUGGGUCACGGGCGAGUCGCCAGCGAGGCGUCUACGCCACCGAGCCGCGACCACAUACAGCUACGCCGACUCGUUCGCCUCACGUCUCUUCUCACCUACACCACUGGCACCCCUUUACUCAAUGGAUCGUUCACCCAAAGACAUCAAAAAGCCUACAAAGUUGCUGAUAGCCAAGUUCCUGACGCCCAAGCAUGUAGGUGCGGGGGCACCUGGUGGAACACUCAGUGGAAGCGGUAGUGGUAGUGUUGUUGCUGGCAGUAGUCCAGGACAUGGCAGAUAUCAUUUCGAAUCCAACUACAUACUGCCGCCAUCAAGUCGCGAAUCUCUGAGCAGUUUGAUGAAGGACAAGAUUGGAUACGAGCUGUUCAGGGCGUUUUGCGAUAAGGAGCACUCACUCAGCAACCUUUUGUUCCUUGAAGACGUGGACUACUUUCGACACAACACAACCAGCGAGAUGGUUCAGCAUGAUGCCACCAAGAUUUUUAACAGGUUCUUGAAGCAAGGUGUCGCGGAUGAGCUGGCUGUCGACAGCGACCUGGUCACUCAGGUACAGAACUGUCUGCAAGCCACGCAGCAGCAGGUACAUUCAAUGAGGCAACAUAGUAGAAGUGGUAGCAACAGCAGUAAUAGCAAUGGACAGGGUCAAGUACAAGGAAUGGGACUAGGGCAAGGACUAGGUCAGGGUCAGCAUUCACCAAAGGAUGAGACCAAUCAGACAGUGGCGGUGACACUCGAUAGAACAUUGUUUGAUAAGAUCUACCGCACGGUCAAGGAGGACGUCACCUUGGACUCAUUCAAACGGUUCUGUCAGACGUAUCAGCCAUCGACCGCACCGAUUCACACACCAUCACUCAACUCAUCGCUCAUCGUCCCUCUCUCGAGCCACUCAUGGAGCGGCAUUGGCAACUCACCUCUGCUCUCACCGUCCACAUCUCCCUCACCCUCACCAUCUCCGCCUCUUGCCGAGGGUGGUGGUGUUGGUCCGCACGGUAUACCAUCAUCCUCAUUGCACAACUACAGCUCACCGAUAUCGCCACAACAGUCGCCACGCUCAUUCUCCUCCAACUUCCAACAACACUCACCACGCUCCGAUCGCGUACCAAACUCUGCAUUCUCCACAGGACAUCAUCAUUAUGCAGGAGCAGGAGGUGGUGGCGGAAGCAUCACAUCCCCGCCACUCUCUCCACGCAUCUCAAUGAUCAAGCCACACUUUCACAAGGAGAAGAGCUCGGCCACGCCCUCGCUGGCGCCUCACUUUGAAUCAAACAACAACAACAACAAUAGCAAUAUAUUACAGACAACAGCAAGUGCGACAACAACAUUGGAGGAGGCGACACAAUAUGGUAUAGCGUUUGGAGUCAAGAGAGGUGCAUGCAAGCACCCUUGUGACUGCAUAGCGUACAGACCAGAUGGCGAACAAGGCGGUGGACCGUGUCUCAACUGUGGCCAUUAUCCCGCCCAACAUAAGAACCUGGGCCUGGCAACCGGCACCGUUGGACCGCACUCAACAACUGGAAAGGAGUCCUACAACUAUGUUGACGCGACCACUCCCGACUACGAGUCGGUAUCGACCUCUGUGGACUCGCACUCAUCGAUCAUGGAGCAGCGGAAUCGUGUCGACUCGAUGACGUAUCUGCAACGAAUGAUAGCGUCUGGUGGAGGCGACAACAGCUACAGCAGCAACGUUGACAAUCUAAACAGCAUCCUUAACUCCUACGAGGUGGCGUCAGACAGCGAGCUCUCGCAUUACCACGAUGAACGUGAUCUCAAUCUCGACUCACCAGUCAGCGCCGUGAGCAAUGUUUUCUCCCCUGGAACUGGUACUGGCACCAUCAGCAGCCACUCGCAGCACCAUCAACACCAACUACAGCAACAGAGUAUUCAUCAGGAGCUGGACCAGAGGAUGUUGGCCAACUUUAACAAUUGGACGAUCGAUGGCGAUGAGAUUGUUUUCCUCAACAAGCUGGGCGAGGGAACGUCGGCCAAGGUGUACAAGGCCACGUGGCGCAACCAAGAGGUGGCAGUCAAGAUCCUCAAAAGCACGCCUGCACACCAGAUGCUGUUGGACUUUUUGAAGGAGCUGGAGAUCAUGAGCUCGCUGCGGUCGCCUCACGUCGUCUACUUUUACGGCAUGGUGGUGCAGCCGCAGAUCUGCAUGAUCAUGGAGUACUGCUCGAACCAGACACUCUACCACCUGAUGCACACCAGCAUGGACUUCUCGUGGGACUGGGUGCUCAAAUUCAGCAUCGAGAUGGUCAAGGGCAUCAAGUGUCUGCACAAUUGGAAGCCGGUGAUCGUACAUCGUGAUCUCAAGUCGCUCAACCUACUCGUGUCGGACAAUUGGACAAUCAAGGUGGCCGACUUUGGACUGAGUCGCUUUGCCACCAGCAAAGCAAGUUCUAUCCGCAAGACAAGAGGCACAUACGCGUACUGUGCGCCAGAGGUGUACUUUGGUGACUACACGGUCAAAGGAGAUAUCUUCUCAAUUGGUAUUAUUAUGUGGGAGCUCAUUGUCAGAUGUAUGAAGGCAAGGUAUGAACGACCAUUCUCAGAGUACAAGAACAUUCAAUAUGACUUCCAGAUAUUGGUGAUGACCUACAAGUCCAAUCUGAGACCAACUAUCCCUGCCAACUGUCCAGAGGUAUUUGCCAACCUUGUAACAAUGUGUUGGGAUGCUGAUCCUGAGAAACGUCCAACAUGUCCAGAGAUAUUGGAUGUCCUACAGGGCUUGGAAAGACAAUAUCAAGACAACAGGAAGAAGUGGGAUAAGUUGCGAGAGAAGAUAAAGAAAUCGUAA